UCUCCAAGAGAGACUAACCCUAGCCGAAGUUUGCGCCGCUGCGGUACCGCUCUCCCUUUCGGCUCUUCGAUCUCACGUCAUGGCGGUGCUGCAGUUCUUCCCGCCUUCCUCGCCCGUCGUCUCCUCCAAGCUCCACGCCGUCGUCCUCUUCAACAUCUGCGACUGCUACGUCCGCCGCCCCGACCAGGCCGACCGCGUGAUUGGAACCCUCCUUGGUUCCGUUUCUGAUGGCGUCAUCGAGAUCAAAAACUCCUACGCCGUUCCUCACAACGAAUCCGCCGACCAGGUUGCAUUGGAUGUUGAUUACCAUCGCAACAUGUAUUUGUCUCACCUAAAAGUGAAUCCCAAGGAAGUACUUGUUGGAUGGUUUUCUACUGGUUUUGGUGUUUCUGGUGGGAGUGCAUUGAUACAUGAAUUCUAUGUAAAAGAACUUAAAGAAGCACAGAGUUCUAUUCCGCCUAUCCAUCUCACUGUUGAUACAGGGUUCAAAAAUGGGGAGGCAUCCAUAAAAGGCUAUGUCUCUUCUAAUUUGUCUCUUGGAGAUAGACCACUUGCUGCACAAUUUCAAGAAAUUCCAUUGGAUUUGAGGAUGAUCGAAGCAGAACGGGUUGGAUUUGACAUCUUGAAGACAACUGUCGUUGACAAGCUCCCCAAUGAUCUUGAAGGAAUGGAAGCUUCUAUGGAGAGAUUGCACUCUCUGCUCGAUGAGAUUUACAAAUAUGUUGGCGAUGUCGUGGAGGGACGAGUAGCCCCAGAUAAUGAUAUCGGGAGAUUUCUGGCGGACACAUUGGCUUCAGUACCAAGAAUGUCUCCGGCAGCUUUUGACAAGGUUUUCAAUGACAAGAUUCAGGACAAUCUUGCUUUAGUUUACUUGUCAAGCCUCGUUAAAACGCAACUCGGCAUUGCUGAAAAGCUGAAUACGGCCGCUCAGAUAUUGUAGAGCUUCAGCAGUUUUGUGAUGAAGAUGACAGCGUCUCAAUGCAGUUUUGUGUCGUUCUGUUGUUUUGACUAUCUUCCUUAUUAAUGGCGUGGUGUUGAAGUUGCCCUAGUUAUUGACAUUGCUAUUUUCCAUCAUCAGUUUUGCUCCAGUUGCAGGUGCUUCUUAACCAAGUUGAUUCACUGCUGUUUAUCAUAGUAUCGAAAUUGACAAGCUUUGUAAAAUUGAUUUAUUAGUUUUGCAAUCUUAGGAAGCAUGUAUGACUAUUUGUUUCUAGGAUUUCCAAAUAUCUUCAUGAUCUUUUCAGUCUUUA